AUGGCGGUGGAUAACUUCACAAGCAGAGUUACAGAAUUUGUAUUUGUAGGAAUGUCACAACCUUCAGAAUUUGAACAGUUUUUAUUUUUUCUGUUCCUGAUAGUUUAUAUAGCUACUUGGUUAGGGAAUGUCACCAUUAUAAUCACUGUAAUAUCAGACCACCAUCUCCACAUGCCCUUAUAUAUUUUCCUGGCCCACUUGGCUUUUCUGGAUGUUAGUGAAUCUACAGUAACUGCACCUAAAUUGCUACAAAUGCUCAUUUCCAAGAACAAAACCAUCUCUUUCCAUGGAUGUUUGACACAGAUUUUCUUUUUUCACUUCAUUGGGGGUACUGUCGCUUUCUCUCUUACAACGAUGGCAGUUGAUCGAUAUCUAGCUAUUCACAAGCCAUUGCAAUACAUGAUCAUCAUGAACAAGAAAACCUGCUUUGGCAUCAUUUUGUGUUCAUGGCUAGGUGGCUCCAUUCACUCCAUGGUCCAGGUAGCACUGAUCCUGCAGUUACCAUUCUGUGGUCCCAACAUACUGGAUAAUUUCUACUGCGAUGUUCCACAGGUGGUCAGAUUGGCCUGCACAGACAUCUAUACUGUUGAACUACUUCUGGUCUCCAACAAUGGACUUGGUGUGACAGGAACCUUCAUUGCUUUGCUGAUUUCAUACAUCAUCAUCUUGUUCAAGAUAAGAAAUCACGUCUCAGAAGGGAAGCACAAAGCUCUUUCAACAUGUGCAGCCCAGAUCACAGUAGUGAGUUUACACUUCAUCCCAUGUAUCUAUAUUUAUGACCAGCCCUUCAAGACAUUUACAGAAAAUAAGGUGGUCUCCAUCCUCUACACAGUUAUCAGCCCAGUGGUGAAUCCAAUCAUUUACACAUUAAGAAAUACAGAGAUGAAAAAUGCUAUAAGGAGGCUAGUGAGGAAAGUGCUGAGGUUUUAUCAGAAAGAUUCAAAACUGUAA